AGUCGCAUAUUAUAUUUUAGGUUUUAAUAUGACGUGAAUAUAAGACAAACCAAAAUGGAUUUCAUUAAAAAAAUUACCGUCGAACCUACUUUGGUUCUUUACAUGAUGGCAUUUAUGGUCACCAGUGUCGUGGAGCAGGCUUUUUUCGUACACAAAGCCUGUACUGUGGACCAUGGUUACAAUGCCACCAUUUGUGAUAACAUCUCAGAUGAACAGUACAAAAAUAUCAGUAAGGAAAUACAGAUAACAGUCUCGACGUUUCACUUAUGGAACGACAUAGCGGGCCAUAUUGGUCAAAUAAUAUUGGCGUUUUUUCUGGGAGCGUGGUCUGAUAAACGAGGGCGCAAAAUCACCCUACUUUUUGGUUUGGUAGGGAAGCUAUACUACUCUUUUAUGAUCGUAGUCAACUCUCUUCAACCGACGUGGCCUCUAAUGCACGUGGUGUAUACAGCCACGUUGCCAAUGACUUUUUCCGGGGCGGAUGCAGCCAUUUUCGCGGCUGCUUAUUCCUACAUUUCCGAUGUUACCACGGCUGAAAGUAGAACUAUCAGGGUCACCAUUUUGGAGGUUUGUUAUCUGGCGUCCAUGCCGAUUGGUAUUGCUUUAGGUUCCUAUCUUUUUAGAAACGUUGUUAAUCAAUCGUAUAGUAUUAUGUUUACAAUAAACUCCUCACUCUUAGUAUUAGCGAUAGUGUACUCUUUACUCAGGUUACAAUGGCGUACAAAUGCAAAACAGCGCCCUCUAAGAGAAGCGUCGAAUAUUUUCCUGGACUUCUUCGAUUACAAUCACGUAUUAAACACCACGAGAACAUUCUACAAAAAACGAUCUAGAAACAAACGUCGCUAUCUGCUGAUGCUGGUGGUCAUGAUGGCUCUGUACACAUUCCAAAGGGACGAAAAGAACAUAAUGUAUUUGUACGUGAGAUUCGUCUUCCACUGGGAUUACGUCAGGAAAUUUAGCAACUUUAAAGUUUUCCAGUCGGCCUUGCAAGACUUAUUUCUACUGCUCAUGGUACCCUUACUGACUAGAGUGCUUCACUGGAGAGAUACCUUCGUGAUAAUGCUGGGUGCUUUAUCCCACGCUGCGGCUAGGUUUUUCUACGCAUCUGCCCAAGACGACGCGUUGUUCUAUGUCGGAGGUGUGUUCGCUGCUUUUGGACCGAUCGUAGCACCUGUUAUACGUUCCAUGGUCUCCAAACUAGUGUCGAAUGCAGAGAGAGGAAAGGCUUUUUCCGUGCUAUCUGUGGCAGAUAAUGCUAUACCAAUACUGUCAGGGACACUGUAUAGUUUAGUUUAUAAUAGUACGCUGCAUACGUAUCCAAAUGCAUUUUUUUACCUAACCAUAGGAACCCAACUGGGAGUAUUCUUUUUAAUAAUUUACAUUCAUUUUAAAACUAAAGACGAGGAUCUGGUGUAUGAUAACGAUGUCCAAGCAAGGUCAUCGUUGCAUAAUGGUGAUUCAAAUAAUCCAAAUGAAUUGAUGUAGGAUAAUAUGACUGUAGUGACUUACUAAGUAAGCAUUAAAAGAC